AUGUGUGUUGGAUAUGAGCUCUCUGUCCCUGAUGGCCAAAACACCUUCUCCAUCUACCCGAUCGCCCUUCAUACUGUCCAGAGUGUUCCUUGGAACGUCACGACGCGCGGCUGCCAGUUUUUCCUGUACGCGAUUGGCUGUCGUGGUGAAGUGACAAUGGAGGGCUCAACGUGCACGGUGUGCUCCCACCUCUCGGACAAUACCCUGCUCAAGGGGAUCAUUCAACGCUUCACCGCUGGAGUGUCAGAGAACGCACCUUACCACUGGCAUGGAGCUGGCCAGCUGAUGACCAUGCUCCGACUCAAGGCACGUACUAUUGACGAAGGCCGGCUUCGCCAGCUCAAUAGCGCGAAGCGGCUCAUCAAUCUCGAGCGCGUUCUUGACGCCCAAAAGCAGACGCUGAUGGCUAUAGCAAGUAACCGUAUCCCAGCUAUCAACCGGGUUUUGUCAGCAGCGUUUCGACGAGGGAGUAGCAUAUACCAAGUCCUCCAGCAGGUCGAUAACGCAGCGCAAGGUGUCUACCAUCCCCGAGGAUACGAGGAUGAGGACUAUCUGCGUGGGCUUCUCUUUCUGCGCCUAGGUGGAGCACGAGUGGCAGAUAUGGCUCACCGUACCAUGGACACACCGGCAACUUCCACCCUUCGCAAGCACACUACGCUACCCCAGCUCCAGGCCUCCCCUGGUGUCCCGACAGCAGAGGAGGUUACGCAUAACCUCGAUGCAUCGCUUUCUGGGAUGCAUGAUGCGUUGGGAUCGCUUACUGGAAGUGGUGUUGGCCACGCUGUGCUGAUGUUCGACGAGUUGGCGGUUGAGAGGCGGCUGCGGUGGUGCGAUCGCACGAACUCGAUUUUGGGUGUUGCACGCGAAUCCUCGGCACAGGCAGGGCUUCAGUUCAAUACCAUGGCGGACGUGGACUGUUUGUUGGGAGAGAUCGAACGCGGGGAGGUAGACAUGGCCGUGGAGGCUACUGUAGGGGCUAUUGGCUUCUUGGGCAGUCACGACACAGCAGUCUACAGCGCACGCCCAUUUCUGUUGUCUGGCAGCUCGAAGCGUGAGACGGCAGAGGCCCAUGCAACAAUUCUUCAGACUUCACUCUCUGCUGUCCGUUCAAACACCCAUUGCCGUCGCAUCCGCAUUGUGAGUCUCGCAUCAGAUGGGGAGGCGCGGCGUGGGCGAGCGUUGGUUCUCCUCACGUUUAAGACCAGACUGGCGGAGUCAUCACCAAUUUUUCCGCUCUUGGCACCACUGCGUCUCAUGGACCUGCACGUUGGCAAUGAUGAUAUCACUGCUGAUAAAGACGCAAAGCAUAUUUUCAAGAACGCCCGAAGCGCAAUCUUUCGUAAGAAGGGAGUUACUGUGAAGGGUGUAUGGCUGAAAAAAGGGACUGUACGCGCUCAUUUGGAAGACGUUGGCCACUCACAAGAACAUCUUGACACUCUGUUUAACGUCGCUGACAAGCAGGAUGUUGCUGUUGCAUACCAGCUGCUCCGUGACAUAUGGAAACUACCUCCUGCUUCACCUGAGGCUUAUCUCCCCAGUUACUGCGAGACGCGUGAUGCGUUGCGUAUUUUCGGCCAGCUUUUCCGUCACCUUAUACUCCCUUAUACUUGUAUUGAUCUCAGUCUCUCGGAACAGUUGACGCACCUUAGUGCAGCAGCUCAUCUUGCCAUGGCUCUCUUCUCAUUCCCUGAUGCAGGCGGAAACUUCCUUCCUGUUCAGCUCUAUGUCAAUAUCAUGCUCAUGAUCAAGAACGUGUUCUUCACAGUUGCUAAGGCAAAAAUAGACUGUCCACUCGCUCCAUUCUAUCUAGUGCUACUGGGGACCGAUCGACUCGAGACUUUAUUUGGGAUUCUUCGCACCAUGGUCGGCAGUGAUGCAAACUUGGAUUUAUUACAGCUUAUCCUCAGAGUCACCGCUACUGUUGAGGUGUCUAACAUCUUUUCACGCUACCCGCAUUGGGAUAGAACCCCUCGACGCCUUCAUCUUCCUAUUCUCUCGCGUGACGAAGUUCCCGUACAAAAUGUAGACCACAUUGGACCACGCUCGUUUCGAGGAGAUCUGAAACCAGCCAACGUCACGCUGCUCACUUGCUGGAAAGCUGGUCGCCGCCAGAUUGAAGAUACCGAUGCAACCCUCUCUGAGCGUCUUGCCGCUAUUGACUCUACAGUGGAAAGCUCCAUCUUAGCCCCGAAUGGAACAUUGUUGAUCCAUCUUCCGGCUGCCACUGAUGCAGGCAUUGAUACUGAUGACGCAGAGGAAUGUGAGUACAGUGUAGGCCAACCCACACAGCCUGUGCCCACUGGCGGAGAUAGCAACUGUGAUGGGUUGUGCGAACUUGAGGAUGCCGCCGCAGAUGCGCAGUGGAGGCUAUCAGUGAACUCAUCAAGCGCGAUGAGAGUGGCAGUGCCUCAGUUCUCCAACAUGGUCGACAUUGAUGGCAAAGGCACGCUUGUUAGAAAGUCACGGGCACUUGCUGCACGUUUUGAGCACAAGAAGUCGGCACGAUCAACUGAUCGUCUCAGGCGGAUUGCCGGAGAAGAGAAGUACGCACCCAAGCUCACCUCGGUUUCUCAGCGUCUCCUGGAUGGCAAUGGAAACCGGGAGCUGCUGUCAAUAGGAAACCCUGUUGCCUCCCUGUUCCGAUGGAAUGAGAAGCUUUUCCUUGGUCUUGCCCAGGUUAACGACAUCCAGUUUAACUCCCAGCCCUGUGACGAGUUCCCCACUGAGCUUCUCGGUGAGGAUAGUGCCAAACUCUCCCUUCAGCUCAUCGGCUUGCGGCCAGCCACAGUAGAGGAUGAUCCUAGUCAGCGUUAUGACUGGAGGUCAGCUCCACUUCUGUCAAUUCACCUCUCAGAUGUGGCCGGACGCGUUAUCACUCCAGUUGACCCCAAGCUAGUUAUUCCUGGACUCGAGCAACAGUUCUUCCUCCUUGAUACUCCCACCCUUAUCUCGCUCACCUCCAGCCUCCAUGAUAAGCUUGUACCUCACCACGUCCACCACAUCGCUUCAGUGAGCCCACGCGCAUUCGAUUUCCCAUACAAGGAGCCUGCAGGUACUUCAUUUUCCAUUUUGAUGAUGUUUUACGAGUGA